AUGGCGGCAAUGGCAGACCAACAGGGAACGCUGGGAGGGAAAGGGGGAUUGUUGGCUCGUGUAGUUGCGACCUCGGCAACGGCUUGCGAGGAGCAGCAGGUCGCCCGGAUCAAUGAUGAUGCUAUGGCGAAGUUCCUCGACGGUGGAGGCGUUCCCCUGGACAAGUACAAGCGGGCGGCCUCGAGAGUCCCUCUCCCGCUCAAGUUCGACGAUGCUGCGCAGGAGAUAAAUUUUCACAGCCUUUUGGCGCUGCUGUCGUUCGGGGGGUCCCACGAGCCUGAGCUUCUAAGACUGACGGGUUCGAACGUGGACGAUGCUGCCAAAUUCGGUCUCAUCGGCUCGCACCUCAGCAGGGAAAGGCUGGACGCUACUUGGAUGAAGAACGCCCAUGUCGGGAGUGUUUCGGAAGGAUUCAAGAUUCCGGUUCGGGAGGAUGCUCCGUCGACCAUCCCGGGCGUCACCGUCGACAGGCCCGGGGCGCUGGUGUCCCAUGCUCAGGCGCUGUGCUCGGUACUCAAUGAGACGGGCGAGGCAUUGCUAUCGCGGGGGUACACGGACAUGGCGCAGUUCAUCCUGCACUCGGCCAGGUCGGACCCUGGUGUCGAAGGACUCGUGCGGUCUCUCAGCGGAGCUCUCCCGGGUUUCCAAGACACCGAAACUGUCAACGGGUUGGACGUGCUCAUGCUCAAGAACGCUCAGGUGCUGGCGGGCGAGCUAAGCUCAAGGAUGGGGAAGGCCGUGGAAGACCUCCGGUUUGAUGACUCGGACAAGCUUACCGCCGUGGCGGACGCCGACGUCAUCACGGCUCUCACCACUCUAGGAAUCCUCGAGCCAGCAAAAACGGCAACGCCAACAGGGACUGCCGAAACGGCUGCAGACGGGGCGCCGCGAGAGGGUGAAGAGAUAGCAGAAACGGCGGUGGGAGCAAGUAGCGCCGACGGGCGCGUGGGUCCGGCGUUCAAGCCGAAGGACACGGCAGAGCUGAGGGCCGUCGCAGUACAGGCGUGCCACAGAAUGGCGGAGUCCCUGGGGAAGGAUUACCGGCCGCACGAGCUGUCCUUGUACCUCAAGCGACUAUCGCGGCGGAAAGAGUACAAGGAUGCACCACGGUUCUUGCCCAGGGAGUCUCGAGCGCUAUGAAGGGCAACCGGUUUGGAAGCCGGAUCCAGUUGAUGGCCCUUGACGGCGCUGGCUCUUCUAGCGGCGCCGGGGUGUCGUUUGGGCAAGCGAUUGAAAUUCAACGAUUCUGAACUGCCGUCUCGGCCUAUUCUUGAAGCGUGCGACCGGCAUGUCGACUCGUUUUCCCCCUGGCCAUAGGAGAACGUCGACGCGAAACAAGUUGAUAUUGAGAGGUGCCGCUGUGGUUCGUGGACAGGUCUGUGAUCUCCCUCGAUU